AUGGAUGAAAAGGACUUCUCUGGGUCUCCUGUGACCAUAACAUCGGUUCUGGAUACCUCAAGAGUCACGGACGUGUGCCGCAAACCUUGGCUAUUUACGUUUAUCGAGGCCAAAGACUGCUGGCUGCUACUGCCUGCAAUAGGUUUUACCACCCUUUCUGCUAUGGUGCCUGCUAUAGUUGCAGUGCUGCUAGCAAGGGUGUUUAAUAAGCUGGAGAGUUUUGGUCGAAACGAAUAUUCACACAGCUAUGAUUUCGUGGCAGAUGUGCAAUGGUUUUGUUUCGCAAUCGCUUUCGUCGGACUUGGUGCUACAUUUUUCAACUGGUUGGGGCUGACUGGCUUUCUUCUUGCUGGGGAGAGACAACAAAAUCGCUGUCGACAGGAAGUGUACCAAUCAUUGCUUCGAAAGGGACUAGAAUGGUUUGACAAAAAGUCGGAUCUUAAUUCUAAUCUAAUGCAAGUGAACAGAUGCAUUGAGGAGUUCAGGAUGGGUAUCUCCGAGUGUCUUGAGAUGCUCAUCAAAUCAGUUGCUAUGCUUUGUGCCUUACUAGUACUUAGCUUUUAUUAUUCAUGGAGGUUAACAUUGCUCGUCAUGACCACCAUCCCCAUAAUUGUACUGGUUACUGGAGUUUGGGGAUUUUUGGUCGAAAAAUAUACCACUUUGGAAAACAAACACUCGGAAGACACAAUCAAGGUCCUAGAAUGGAAUCUGCUCAAUUAUGUGUGGGUCAAAAUCGUUGAUUCCUCGUCCCUGGAAAAAAGGAAACUGGAUGCUGCUACUAAACUGACCACUCAGAGCUUUUUGAAAAUGAAGCUCUUCCUCAACUUAAACACGGGCAUGAUCAAGUUUUUGGCGCUCAUGAUGUUUGUGCAGAGCUUCUGGUAUGGAUCGUUUUUAGUGCGCAAUCACCUCAAUUCUUCAGGCGACAUUAUUUCUUGUUUCUAUUCUUGUCUGACCAUUUCACGGAUAUUCUCAACCAUCUCCUCUCAGAUUGUGAGUCUGAAGACCGCACAUAGUUCACUCAAGUUUGUGUUUGAAAGUGUGGACUGCUCAAAAGGCAUUUACGAAGGAGGGUUUCAGCCCAAACAUGAUAUAAAGGGUGAUAUCAGGAUCGCCAAUGUCUUCUUCAAAUAUCCCGUUAGAGACGAUUGGGGGCUCAGAAACAUCACCUUGCAAAUCCCUGCAAACCAACUGUUGUACAUAGUUGGAAAAUCAGGCUCAGGGAAAUCCACUCUUGCGUCCCUAAUCCUCAGGUUGUAUCACUUUGAUGGCAGAAUUACCUGUGAUGACUAUGAUAUUUCGAGACUGGAUCCAAGUUGGCUGGCUUCGCAGAUCACUUUGGUCCAGCAGCAAUGCACUCUUUUCGAUGGUACCAUCAUUGAAAACCUGUCUCUAGCUUCUCCUACUCCCGUUGCUCCCAAGUUACUGAACGAGGCCUUGCAAAUUUCUGGCCUGGAUCAACUAAUAGCUUCUCUACCUGCAGGAUUCAAUACGAGAAUUGGGCGAGGUCCUGGCUCCGUGACACUGAGUGGAGGUCAGCGGCAGAAAGUUGCUUUGUCUAGGGCAAUCAUGAGAGAUACUCCGGUGUUGAUCUUGGACGAAGCUUUGUCAGCGGUAGACUAUAAUCAGCGAAUUACGAUUCUGAGAAAGCUCAAAAGACACAGAAGAAGAAGGACCACAGUCAUAAUGACACACGACUACACGGAGAUUGCAGAUUCUGAUUACGUUGUUCUUAUGGAAGAUGGCAAGAUUAGGGAGCAAGGCUUUAAGAUUGACCUCCUAAAAGGGGAGACCAGGUUCGCCUCCCUCCAGUACGAGCUGGAGACCCCAGAUGAUCCUUUUGAGCAUGGGAAUGAGGAAGAGGAUGCCGGGGAGAAAUCAGAUCAAUCAAACGAACUGGAAAGCCAAACUCCCAAAAAAGUGAGCGCGUUGCAACUCGUUCGCCAGCUGUGGCAUGUUCUUACAUUUGGUUCCAGGGUCUGUUUCCUGCUCGGCAUUAUACUUUCCGUUGUGAAUGCAUCCAUGACGCCUUUGUUCACCUAUUUUCUUUCCAAACUAAUCCUUGGGAUAGUGUCAGUCGGACAGCAGGUGUCCAGUUUUUAUAUGGUGAAAUGGUCUCUGGUUCUUUUGGGCGUGGCAACGAUGGAUGGACUCUCAUUAUUUAUUUCUAAGAUGGCAUUGAGCAAGAGCUCAGAAACAUUGGUCGAUCAAUUACGAAACAGGGCUGUUGAUAAUAUUUUCGCUCAGCCUGUGUGUUGGUUUCAGAAUAUAAAUCCAAGCGCUCUUUCGUCGCUGCUUAUCAAUGAUAUAAGGGACCUCAGAACCAUGAUUUCAGAUGCACCAAGUCAGCUCAUCUCUAUUAUUGCCCUGGUACUAAUUGCUCUAGUUUGGUCUCUAAUUGUUUGUUGGAAAUUAGCACUAGUUGGCCUCAGUUUUGCUCCCCUUUUCGUCAUAUUCUCGACAAUAUUUUCAAUUGUCUUGCAAAAAUAUGAGGCAAACUACAAGCAAGCAUCCAAUGACGUGGAAGGAGUUGUUCAUGAGAGUGUGCUGGGAAUGAAAACAGUGAUCUCACUCAAUCUUCAGAACUAUUUUCAGGCCAGAUUUAACGACCACACGAAUCAAUUGAAAACUGCAGGAAAGCAGCGGGCACUAAUUAUUUCCAUGGCCAUGGCUUCACAAAACAUUGCAAUCUAUCUCUCACAAGCAAUCAUGCUGUACUAUGGAAUCAGACUAGUGUCUGAGGGCUUGAUCACACUGGUCCAGAUGAUGCAGGUGGUAGCUUUGAUCAUGUUUACUGUAGGUUACGUUUCUGCUGUGCUUUCCUCGAUGCCCAACGUGAACAAAGGUGUGCUAGUCUUUACGAAGAUCCUGUCUUUGAUCCAGCUUCCGAAAAAUCUCCAGGAGUCUUAUGGAACAGCCAAGCCGAGAAUGAACCCAAAUAAGCCAUUGCUCAGAUUUCAAAAUGUGCAAUUUAGUUACGAUCCGGGCGCAUCUCCAGUGUUGAGCAAUUUCAAUUUCUCUCUCAACAUGAACGAGAUUACUUGCGUUGUGGGGAGAUCUGGCUGCGGGAAAUCGACACUUUUAAAUCUCCUAUUACGGCUCUACAGUCCUCAGAAAGGAUUAAUCAAAUUUUGCGGUGCAAACAUUGAUCAGCUUGAUAUGUGUGAGCUCAAAAAGGAAGUUGCUGUUGUCACUCAAAAACACUACUUUUUUGAUGGAACCAUUUUGGAGAACUUGACGUACAAUUUGCAUAAAACCGUUACAAAUGCACAAAUAUAUGAAGCUCUCGAUCUGGUGGAUAUGGCAAAUUUUGUUCACAGCCUUCCGGACAAUUUGUUUUCGCGCAUCGGUGGCUCUUCUAACCUCCUGAUUUCUGGGGGACAGCUACAGAGGCUUUGCAUUGCUAGAGCUUUUAUCAGGUCGCCUAAAAUUCUAGUUCUCGAUGAGUGUACUGCAUCGUUGGACCCUCAAAAUACCAAGCGGGUAGCAAAAAUUCUUUUGGGACUAAAAAAACACGUGACCAUUAUUGUGAUAAGCCAUCAGAGAGAACUGAUGCAGAUAGCAGAUACAGUGGCGUACAUGGAGGACGGAAUCAUCAAGGAGAAAGGAAACUACAAUACGCUUUCGAACAGAAGAAAUCUUUUUUAUCAACUCAUUAACUAA